GAUAACACAUGGGAGCACAAGACAACCUGGACCUCGACCUUAUCGCCGAGUACAUGCCGAAACACAAGGAGACGGAGGAGAAGAAGAAGGAGGGCAAGAGAAAAGGUGUCAGGGAGGAGGAGGCACCUUCAGAAGAUGGCAAGCUGGCGACCGAGCAGGAAAGAAGGGCAAGAAAGAGGAGGAGGAGCCUGCAGCAGUGAAGGAGGAGGAGUAUGUGGUGGAGAAGGUUUUGGACCGCAGAGUGGUGAAGGGAAGAGUAGAGUUUCUGCUGAAAUGGAAGGGGUUCUCAGAUGAGGAGAACACAUGGGAGCCACAAGACAACCUGGACCUGGACCUUUUCGCCGAGUACAUGCAGAAACACAAGGAGAUGGAGGAGAAGAUGAAGAAGGAGGGCAAGAGGAAAGGUGUCAGGAAGGAGGAGGUGAGUUAAGGAAAGAGGUUACUC